AUGACUUCCGAGAUUCAGCAAAGCGAGGGAUCACAAAGGAUGACCCUCAGAGAAGCGUCGCCGAUGGUAACAACUGAGAACUGUGCUAGGUUUGCUGUAGAUGAGGUGGAACAAGUGACACCAAGCCUCGGUGAUUACUCUGUUCAGAGUAGUACAGUAGAGGCUCUUGUUUCACCGGAUGAGAGUUCCGUAGAUGAGACCUCUCAUCUUACAUCCAGACAAACCACUAGCUUAUCCGCUGAGACUGCGACACCAGUUGUACUGACUGACGCGGCAGAAUCUUUAACAUCGAGUCAUGAUGAUAGCCUGCUUUCGAGCGGCAUAGAAAUGACUUCCGAGAUUCUGCCAAAUGAAGAGCCGGAAAGUACGGUUCUCAUUGAAGCGUCGUCCAUAGAAACAACUGAGAUUGGCACUAGGUUUGCCGUAGAUGAGGUGGAACAAGUACCAUCAAGCCUGGGCAGCUACACUGACUUGAGUAGCUUAACACAGGUUCUCGAAGUUCCACCGGUUCAGAGUCUCAUGAAUGAGUUCUCUGGCCUAACAUCCGGACAAACCUUUAGUACACCCACUGUUGAGGAUCAAGGAGUGCUAGAUUACUCCGAUCCUCGACGCGAACCAGGCGCUCACCUGAAAGGCCCUCUGAGCCUGAAUGCUCAGAACCGCAGAAGAGAGCGCCGCAAGGGUGUACUGUGGAGUGCCGACGAAUUAACAAAGCUCGCAGAACUGGUCGAGAGACACAGAAUAGCGAGCGGUCGCAUAAUGUGGGCUGACGUGGUUACGGCCUGGGAAAGCUCACGAACAAGCGGAGACCCAGAAAGAACAGAAGCGGCCCUUAAAGCUGCUUACGCGAACCUUGCCAGGCGUACUGAGCGAGGAACGGUGAGAAAUGCCCCACCAGCAGAAAAUACGCUGGAGGAGGAAAGUCAACCCGCUACUACAGAAACUGACCUGAUUAACCAGGACAGUCAGCAGGGUGGAGUGGAGCCUGUUGAGCAUAUCGAGGAACGGUCAACUAGUCCUAAUGGUGACUCGGAAACGAGCCAACCUGAUAGGACUCUCGGCGAUAAGCUCAGAGAGCGAUUCGAUGCCUAUUACAAGGCAGCCAAAGAGUCGCAUGACAGGCAACCAAUAAGAAGGCCCAAAGGAGAAAUACCUGAGGGCAUGCUCCAGCUCGCAAAUGAAAUCCUUUCAGAGAAGCUGGGGCACACUAACUCCACCAAUAAGCGCACACUGACAGCUUUGAACGCUGCAGUGUAUGCUGUCGCCAAAGCCAUCACAACGAUCCUGUUGGACGGCGAGGCUGAAAAAGCGGGUAAAACUCACCAGAAACUGAGAGAGGCGAAAGCACUGAGAGACACCCUCGUGAGUGUCGUCUCGACGCUAUCGCACGAACUCAGGAGAAGAAGUGGAAAUGCCCCGGGACCUCCUAGUGAGCAGUACCGGGUCAUUUCCCGAAUACAAAGAGUCAAUACAACCGUGGACAUUCAGCGACUCCGGAUAAGGUUCAAGGAUCAGCUGAAGGUUGUAAACUCUGAAAUCAAAACAAUAGAGCAAGCCCUAAGACGCCAGCGAGAAAGACAGCGGGGAUACCCUGCUGUAGCUAGGGAACCACGCGAAGGGGAAGCUGAUGUACCGGUUGCGGAAGUGCGCGAGCACUGGAAAUCUAUCAUUGGAGAAUCGCAACCUUUCCAUCCGUCAGACGACCUUCAAGCGUGGUCUCGCUCGGUGCAAAGAGGCGAAAAUAGAGCCGCUGUAGACCUGUCCGAGGAAACUUGGGCGAAGAUAUUCGCUAAGAUAAAACCUUGGAAAGCAACAGGUCCAGACGGCAUACAGGGCUUCUGGUGGAAGAAAAUACCAGAGGCAAGAGAGAGGCUAAAAUCGUGGUGCCUUGAUGCGCUA